GACUGGGUGAAAGCGCCGAGGAAACAGAAGAACACGGGAACAGGGCUCUCGUGGCUUGUGCCGACCAUGGAGGACGAGCAGGAACCGGAAGAGGAGCCUUGCAGUACGUCCGUGACGGGAGACGAAGAGCCCCUUCUCUGCCCUCACGGCUAUGUGUGUCACAUUGUGGAGGCUGGAAGCCCAGACAAAGGGGUGCCCAACAGUGGAGUGUGUAAAAAAAUUGACAGAAAAGACCGACCAACCUCUAAUCACCACCACCACCGUGGACACGGAAAGUGCAGUAUUAACGGGGACAAUUAUCACCACGGCGAUUCCUUCUUCUACCAAACGUAUAAAUGUACGUGUCGCCAUGGAAGAAUUCAGUGCGAGGAACAGAAAUAAAGUAUCGGAAAAGACGUCACUCUUGCCCACCAAGCUAUCACAUUGGUUUUAAC